AUGGAGACGAUAAGGAAGACUCUGCACGCAUUCGUCGUCCUCCUCUCUCUGAUCCUCCUUCCCGCGUCAUCCGCUUCGGACUUGAAUGACUACCACUCCGCACAACCACGUUUUGUGUGCACGCCCAUUCCGGCGGACACCGACCCCGCCUGCUUCCCCACGGCGGGCCUGGGCGCAGGGGGAGCGGGCCACCAUCAAAGCGCGCCUCCUGCCGGCUGGUGGGGAGCGAGCGACGAGGCCAAGACCACCAUUCUCCAUCUCCGCGAGAGCCUCGUCAGCCAGAAGGAGACCAUCCUGGACCAGAGGGAGACCAUCAGGGAGCUGACGGCCAAGCUCGCUCUAUGCGAGGGCUUCGCCGGUUCGGCUCACGACGACCAACCGGGUGCGUCCUCGGACCAGGACUACGGCGAUAACCGGGACGGAAACCUCGUACCUCACUCUCUGCAUUCUGAUGGAGCUGACGGCGCAGAGCAUCACGAGGAGGACGUCGUUAAACACGUAAACUCGGGCGACGUCAUAUCCUCACCGGAGCAGAUGGAGCGGAUGCUGCAGGCGCUCAAGGAGAGACUGGGAAACCUGCAGCAGAAGAGGAACUCAUCCCUGACCUACUCCAGCUCUCUGAGGGUGCUUCUGCAGAGGAAGAUCGACACUCUGGAGGAGCAGCUGCACCCGCACGACCACCAACACCUCGAUGACCACGACGACCAGGCCGCCAACCACACUGGACACUUUGACGAGCACAGCGAUGAAAGCCAUCACAUGGGUGGAAGCCAACAAAGCGGCCAUGAGAAUAACGAAGCAGACAGUCAUGGUCACCUCCCACCGGGAAGACACCACAGUAGCAGCAAAUUGGUGAACAUGCUCAGCCAACUUCAACUGACAGGUUCCAAGAGGAAGAACGAGGCGGGCGGCUUCCAGCUGAGCUUCCCCAUGCGCACCAGCUACAUGCACGCGCGCAUCAAGCGAACGCUCCCGAGCGACAUCUUCGCGCUCACUUUGUGUCUGCGGAUUAAGGCCGGCGCCAGGCCCGCCAUGGGGACACCGUUCUCCUAUUCGGCGCCAGGCCAGGCCAAUGAAGUGGUGCUGAUCGAGUGGGGGGACAACACUGUGGAGCUGCUCAUUGACGACCAGGUCGCGUCUCUGCCAGUGACGUUAAAUGACGGCAGGUGGCAUCACGUGUGCGUGACGUGGUCCACGCGGGACGGGCGUUGGGAGGCCUAUCAGGACGGUGACCUGCGGGGGUCCGGGGAGGAUCUGGCCCCCUGGCAUCCUGUCAGAGCAGGAGGCGUGUUUAUCCUGGGACAGGAACAAGACACUCUAGGUGGCCGUUUCGACGCCACGCAGGCCUUCAUGGGGGAGCUGGCCGACGUGCAGAUGUGGUCCUCCAUCCUGAGCGGGGCCGAUAUCCAGGGCCUGGCAUUGUGCGGUAGCCACUUGUCCGGUGAUGUCAUCUCGUGGUCUGACGUGGACAUGGAACUGCACGGGGGAGUGGUGAGGCACCCAUUCGAACCCUGUCACUGAAAAAGACUCAAGUGGACCAAAAUUGAUGAUAAAAAAAAAAAACACACACACACACACAAUACUGUGAAUGGGGGUCAAAGACUUUUUAAAAGAGAAGCCUCCAAAAUGAGAAUCAAUGCCUUUAAUUUGAAGUUUUUUGGGGGUCAGUCUUUAUAGCAACUUGAAUGGUCAAUAUUUGAAUUUGUGUCAGGUUCUCUGACAUGUUGUCAUGUAGUUCAUAAAUUAGAUAAAUAGUUGACUUUGUUGUAACAAUUUGUUGGCAAAUUUAUUAUCGGGAAGAUUUCCACGUAAAAUACAGCUAAAGAACCAAAGACAUUGUCAGCAUUUUGUUAUACUAAUAAUAAUGUGAUUAUUUUAUUUUUAUUUUUUUUUAAAUGUUCUUCAAAUGUAUUGUAAUGUCUCAACCAAUCAUUUGAUUAUUAUAAUCGUGUUUUGGCAAAGCAUUGAACUGUGACUGUAUUGUACUGUAUAAAAACAUUUUUGUUGUA